AUGUCUAAACUCUCCGAACCCCUCAAGGCACUCAUCAACGCCGCCCACGCGAAACCAAACACCCUCCCCGCCCCAAGGAACAUCCGCUCCGUGUACGAAAAGAUAGCAAGCAAUGCCGCCGCGAAGAAAGUCGGCAUGCCAGCCUGGCUAACGGCGUCGGCCGCCGCGACCUUCACGAUGAACUCCCCCGAAUCCCUGCUCGAACUCUACCGCCUCGCCUCCUCGCCCACGUUCAAAAAAUCCGACACGCACGGCGUGUACACCGCGGAAUUCAUGCGGGAAAUCGGGCUCAAGUGCAUAGGUCUCAAUGGCGUCCCCCGCACAAUCAACUGCCUAGGCGCCUUCUUCGCCGGCCUCCCGCAAGAAAUCCAGUCCGAACUGCUCAAACGCCCCGCGCGCCGCUCGCUCAACAGCGCCAAUAUAAACGACGUAGUCGCGCGCGGGAAGUGGAUGUGGAACGACAUCUACGCGCCCUUUAGCGACAAACUGACGGCCAAACUCGCUCAAUCGCACCCUGAUAUGCCGGUGUUUAUUAUUGAGGGGGAGUACGGGGCUUUAUUCUCCAACCCGCCAUCUUCGGAAAUCGAUACCGCUCUCCGCCCGAAUCUAGGCCGCGUGCUGACGUCCGUGUUCGCGAUUGCGGUGUUGAGAGCGCAGACUGGUGUCGGGCCGCAGGUGGUUAGUCAUGUAUUUGGACUCCGGAAGGCUUUUGAUCACGGAAGUGCGGAGGCGGAGGGCGAGGUGCCUGUCGAGGGGGGGAAGUGGUUGGCGAGCGAUGAGGGGAGCGUGUGGUUGUUGGAGCAGGUGGAUGAGAUUAUUGCUGCGCUGGGGGGUGGGGAGGGAUCUUCUUUUGCGCCGGGGCAUGCUGCGCGGAAGGAGAAGGCGAGGUUGUAG